AGUAUAUAUUAUUUUAUAGCAUAUAUGUGUACGAAACGACUGUUAUACGCGCGUACUGGAGGUUGAUGGUGGCCCUGAAGUGAUGCUGUGGGCACGUCUCCCACACCUGUCACACACCUGCCCCCACACCUGCCUCCAGCCACACACACACACCACACCUACCACUAGGUGAGUACACACCUGCCUCCAGCCCCCCACACCUGCACUCGUCAUCGUAAGACAAGACUGUGUUGGGAUAUAACUUGUUAUGCUUUGAGACGAUGUUGAUGCCAUAUUACAUGUCUGGAGGAAACUGAAGUGGACAGACGCAGGAACAAUAAAAGGAUAUAGGAGAAGCAGACCAGAGCUAAUGGCUAACAAUAGCAAUGAAGAAUCUCUUCCCACCAAUCCCACCCAACUUCCUUCACCACCAAGUUUGGUGUUUGCACCACCUACCAAGAAUGAUGUUAAGGAUGGACUGGGUGACCAAUCCAAAGAUUUGCAAACUGGGGGAUUAACUUUUUCAAGAGCAGGUUCAUCUCUCGGCAACUUGCCAAGUUCUAGUAGUUUUUCUACAUCAUUAUUCCAUACACAAGAUGCUUGGAGAGACACUUCAAGUUCUUUUGGUGGGUUUGGAGGAGCCAAAACCGAGGCAUCUGAAGCUGUUGGUAAUUUUGCAGGUACCUUUGUAACUAAGUCCGAAACAACAUUUGUGGCACCUGUUGCACUAAGGUCAACAUCUGGAGAAACUUCCAGCUCAUUUUCAACUUCUAACCCAUUCAGCAAAGUUAACAGUAACGAUAUGACUAAAGGUACGAAACCUUUUGGUGGUAUGACAACAAGUUCCUCAACAGUUCCCAAGCUCUUUGGAGGUGCACAAUGGAAUAUUGAAGGAGGAUUAGCAGUACAAAAGACUGAAGAAACAAAACAGAUUAAGAAUAAAGUAUUAGAACAAUCCAAUCCCAGCUCGGAGACUGGUUCCACUGUGGCAUCGGUGCCAUUAUCCACUUCCACACCCGUUCUUUUUGGAGGAGUGGUUAGCAGUUCAUCAGCAGCCAAUAGCACAGACAAAUGGUCCUCUCCUAAUUUGUCAUCUGGAGUGUUUGGGGCUGCAGCUGUGGAGACCUCAAAAAUACCCAGUUUGUUUGGUGGCAAUACCGCUGUGCCUAAAAGCUCAGUAAGUGGGAACAAGACAUUAUUUCCACAAGAAGCCUCUAGUGACAGAAGAAAAGACUCUAAAAUCUUUUCAUCAAGUUCCUCUUGCCCUUUGCCAUUUAUUGCCAGCAAGACAUCAGUUAAAGGUAAUGUGUUUGGGGGCGUAUCGCCAGUGGAAAAUCCCUCAGGCAACACAUCUAAGUCAAGCAGUAAAAAACUGUUUGACAAAACUGAAGCGCACAAAACGAGUAGCUUAAUGACAGGUCAUAAAAAACAGCAAGAAAAACUGGAGACCAAAAGUUCUGGAACUGUGAAGCCAAAGGAAAUACCUGAAUUUGUUAGUAAAAGUGAAGGACAAACUGGUAGUUUCCCCCCAAAGUACCACAAAAAUGAACUAACGAAACUCAUUAUUGCCUUGAUUCCGGAUAGUUGCAUGGACAAAGAGAUCUUAAAAGCACACUUUGAGAAAUUUGGGGAAGUCAGAAGAAUCAUGCUUAAUCCCAAAGUGAACCAGGCAACAGUUCAGUAUAACAAUCAUCAUGAAGCAUCAAAAGCUAAAAAGAAAGGGAAAAAGAUUCACCCAUUACUUCCAGAGUUGAAAAUUUUCUAUGGUACCCCAGUCCGUCGUAAGAGUGAAGAGGGAAACUCGGAUGCAAUGAUAUCUAAGAAGAGGGCAAUUAGAACUCUACAGCAAGGUCAGCAAUUAAAUGAUCUUGAUCCCUAUAUUCCUCUUGAGCGCCCCAUAGAUAAAGACUCUACUAGCAAGGCUGUGCCACCAAAAGUUGCAAAUUUGAGUAUUCCUAAGAAGAGCACCCUAAGUAAGAAGAGACCAACUCGAACCAUAUCCCCAGCCAGAGAAAUUAAAGAUCCAACAAUAUCUACUGAUGGUAAAGACUUGAAAGUCAUACUUGAAUCUCAAGCAGCUAAUAAUUAUGACAAAUUCAUAAUCCUCAAGGCCCGUGACAAACUAUUGAGGAAUGAAAGGACCCGAACAUCCGAUUUAAAGAAAGCUACUUAUUUGGCAGCCACCUGUCCAGACAUGUGUCCAGAACUUGAGAGAUAUAUGCGGGAUAUUCAGAACGACCUUAGCAGCUUUGAGCUGUCAAAUGGAGUUCUUGACCAUAGGCGUGUCAUCAAGAAGUUUUCCAGAAGCAGCGCUGACAAAGAUGUACCCUUGCCGCACGAACUAAGACCUGGUCCAGUGCUGUUAAAAACAAUGGACUUCUUAGUAUGUAACAUUAUAAACCAAGGUGACAGUAAAGAUACAGAGGUGGAUGUUUGGUACAGCUAUCUGUGGAAUAGGACACGAGCAGUCCGUAAUGAUUUGAUGCAACAACAGCUGACCGAUUCUGUUGCUGUUCUAAUUAUUGAGAGAUGCACUCGCUUUCACAUUCACGCAGCUGCACGCUUAUGUCAGGAACCUGCAGAUCUCUUUGAUGCCAAGAUGAAUACAGAGCACCUCACCAAAAGCUUACAAACUUUAAAGGAACUUUACCAUGAUCUUGGGGAAAGGGGAGAAUAUUUUGAUACAGAAGCUGAAUUUAGAGCUUAUGAAAUGCUUUUAAAUCUUAAUGAUGGAGAGACCAUUGUGACACAGUACUCAAAGUUUCGAGAGGAAGUACAAAAAUCGUGCCAUGUUCAGUUUGCUCUGAAGACCGUUCUGGCGGUCGCAUUCAAUAAUUAUGUAAAGUUUUUUAAACUCAUACGAAGCGGCACUUAUUUACAAGGGUGCCUUUUGCACAGGUACUUUAGACAGGUGCGCUCUAAAGCACUUGAUACUUUUAUGAAAGCAUAUGUGCCUUCAAAGACACCACAGAUGCCUUUGGAAUCUGUGAUAAAGACCCUGGGUUUUGAGAAUGAAACUGAUGCCGUGGCUUACUUGAGAUGCCACGGGAUCAGUGUGGACGAGCAGAAUGUAAUCUUUGAUAAGUAUUCAUUUAUUCAAAAUCCAGAAGUCAUACCACCAUUAGUUAGGCCUAUGAAAUUAAUUGAGGUAAAGCAAACUUAUUCACUGGGCGAAGUGAUUCAGGGAGGACCCAUUCCUGACAAUCCUUUACACACACACACCCCACAUAAUAGCUUUGAUGAUCAAGGUUACUUGAAACCUGCUGCUAAGGAUGCAUCGGACCAAAGUAUUAACUAUCGGAAACCUCUACCAGAAUUGGUGUCUCUAGUUGCUGUUGAACAGCCUGUGAAACUAAGGAAUUAUGAAUUAAUGGCCCAUGUGAAGGAAGUGUAUAAUAUGAUUGAAUCGUGUGUUUUAGGAGAAAUGGUAAAACAAAUCAGUAAGGAGUGUGUUGACACACUCCUGUAUGAGUUGUUAGUAGAUGAAGCUGCACACACUGUCUGUAUUGAUUUUAUCAGAGAAUGCACUGAGGAAGAAAUUAAGAGCAUGAGCUGUGAAGGACUUGAAGAAGUUAACCAAGAGGUGCAGGAGACCUUGAGGAAACAAAGAAAGGAGGAGGAGGAAAAGCGCAAAGCCACGGAGAAAUUGCAUAAUACUGUAGCCAGCUCAAUUCUUAGGAGUUAUAUUGAGGAAUUUAUUGGUGAAUUUAUCAGACAGAUAUGCCAAGAAUACUUAAAAGAUGUUGAACUGCGUGCCACCUUGACCUCUUUAAUAGAAGAGCUUCCUCUUCAGCUUGUGAAUGAAGUUGUCAAAGAGCUGUUAAUAAAUAUGAGUGCAGACGUUAUUAAAGAAAUGACUGCUGAGCAAGAGUUAAAAGUACAGGCCUUGCAACGAAAAAUUUGCCUUAGAAAGAUGGGUGAAUAUUUUUGGAAGUGGCGUAUGCAAGUCACAAAGGCACGGAGGCAAAAGGAGUCUCGGGAGAUGUUUCCUGCAGAUUGUUCGCACCUGUCCAUCUCCCAACAGAAUGAAACCUUUGGAUGGGGAUACCAGAGAAACAGCAGUGAAAAUAAAUCUGUUCUUCAGUUGAAUAAGCUGGAGUCUAGCAUAUCAAGAAAAGUAGAGAAGGCAAUUGUGAAGAACAGGCUAAUGAAAGAAUGUGCAUGGCACCCAUUAUUCAUGCAGUAUCUUAUAAUGCAAGAACUUGAUAAGUUUCUUCCUGAACAUAAUUUGUUAACUCAGUACUUUAAAGUUUUAAUUUGCACGGCUGAUUCUACUAGCUCGACUGGCUUGCAAUGGCUGCGAUCUAAGCUUGCCAAAGAAGUAGACGAUGACUUCCAAGUGCCUCUCAAUAAUUACUUUAGUGUAGUUUCCAAGAAGAGUGGUUUAGAGUAUGCCUGGGCAAUACAGGAAAUUUCAGUGAAUUCAAUUUCUACCGAAAACGUCAAGGGAACGUCUGCUGUUUUGUAUAUUACCUCCUGUGAGGAUGCACAAGAUUCACAGUACUGCAUAUUUCAGAAUUUACUUGCACAGAUGCCUAGAGUACCAUUUUGUACUAUAUUCUAUGACUGCAAGGGUUGUGAUUCCACGAGCUGGACUUUGGCAGAAGAAGAUUUAUUAAAACCUGAAUCUUCACUUAAACUUCAGUCCCUAUUAUUGACAUUUUGGAAGCAACAAGGAAAUCGAAUGAAACUGGUUUCUUCUCGCAUGAAUAAUUUAGUUUUUGGCUUUAUUGCGGAUAAAUUUGUAGAACCUGCUCUUCGAAAACAGAAUGAAAGAAAUGCAGAUGGAAAGUCCCCAAUCCCUCCCGCUGUACUGAUUGAUCUCUAUAACAAUGUGAUUGACUUUUUGAUUAGAGUAGUACUAGAUGAAGACCUAAAGAGCUUGGAGUGGCCUCCACCAGAAUUGAGCUUCUUGAAUCAGAUUCCUCCAGCAACAUGGAAUAAUACCGAUGCAAAGACUGUGGCUGAUGCACUGAGUCAUCUAAAGCUGCCAGUGUUACAGAUGGAAGGCCUUAUGAAAUGGAGCAACAUUAUUGAAGUACUUCAUACUUAUAUUACUAAGAUCUCUGGCCCCCACGGUGAUGGUGUUAGGCUUGUUUCACACAUUAAUUCCCUCCUCAAUAAUACUUUGAGAAUUUUAGGCUCUGUUAAUGAUUUUGAGAAUGAGAUUUUACCCAAUUGGGAGCUUCAUGUGUUGCAACUUCCCUGGACUGAGUUGAUACAUGCAUGUGUGUCAUACAAGCUGUCAGGGUUAUCUGAUAUGCCAGUAUAUUACCAACCCAAGAAACUAGAAUCUUUUUCUUGUCCACGCUCCUGGUGGGAAGCGUGUGACACGUCUGAUCAAUUUUGGGCAGAUACUAUGAAAGAAAAUUAUCCACCAAGUUCAAGAAAACGCAAAGCUGAGAAACAAGAUAAAUUUGCAAGUGAACAAGUAAAACAUAAGAAAAUGCCAUCCAAGUUGCUUAGUGAUAUUGCCGGUGAAAAGGAAAAGUAUAUGGAGUUUGAGAGGAAACUUAAAAGUUUACUUGAAAUUAAUGAAUUUUAAACUCUCUUUAACACUGAAGGCUGAAAGGACUUUCCAGAUGUAUUGAUAUUUUGUUACUAAUGUCAUUGCAUAACAUUAAAGUGUUAGUAAGUAUUUUAGUUUUGUAUGUUAAAAGCAGACACCUGAUAGGUUUACAUUAAAACCGUCAGAAUGAUAUUGACAAUAACUACAUCUUCAUGGACAACAGCUGUAAUCACCACAACAUAUGUGAAACAGUACUUGUGAAGCAUUUCACAAGGUGUUGGUUAAUGCUUGAUUAUACCGUUUGUAUCUGGUAUUGGUUACCAUUUGCUUGUCCAGAAGGUAGCAAAAUGGCUACUUAGAUGUGUCAUAAUUUUGUAAAGCAAAUACCAGUAUACAUAUUUGCAUGUAAUCCAGAGUGUCUGAACCACAUGAAAUUUGUGUACCAACAUUAUACUUCAGAUUACAUGUUUAUUAUAUAGUAAAAAAAUAGGGGUGGUAGAAGUAAAUAUCAGUGUUUAGUGAGGAUCCACAAGGUCUUCUCUGGGUACUCCAUAUUUUCUUCUCCGAGGCUAUAGGUCCCUACACUUGCACCAGAGGUGAUACCCCUUUUAUUUAAUACCAGUACUGUAUUUUUGAUAAAUACAUUUUCAUUUUGCACAAUUAUGUUUAUCUUCAACUUGUUCCAUAUGACUGCAGUACAAUAUCACCAUAGUUCAUGUACUUUAAACUAAUUAGCAUUUUGGAUAAGGAAGAAGUGAGGACAUAAGUAUUAAGAUGAGGUUAGCGUAGUAAACCUGCCCAUUCUUGUGUUUACGUUUCAGUUAAGUCUUCCAGCUUUAAUGUAAUAAAACUUGUGUAAUAUAUAAAUGAAAUGUGUAGUAUAUGUUCUUAUAGGUAUGUAUAGAUGUUUUAACACAAGGAAAGUGGUGUUUAGCUUUUUCACUGAUGCACGGCUACAUUCGAUUUGCAAUAAAAAGUUGUUAACUGCACUAUGUGAGUUUUCAAAUGCUUAACACAAAUUGUUUCAUUAAGCACCCUGUAAUGUAGGUUCAGAUAUCUGGCCUUCAAAAUAAAAAUGUGAACCCGGUAUUUCCAGUUAUUUGGCAGCAAUAGAGGAAAAUGUUAACUAAUGCAUUAUUUAAUUUUGUCAGGAAUAAGUGGUUUCUUUUGCAGACUAGAUAAUUAUUAAAGUGUUAUAAUAAUUAAAGAUAAAUAUAAAGAGAA